CCUGCGGCUCCCGGGCCGGUAGCGCCGCUCUUGGUCGCGUUUACUGGCUGUGUGUAACCGCGGGUCACGGGCGCUCUCCUUCCGCCACAGCUCAGCCCAGCGCCGCCGAGGCCGUCGGCCCCGAGCCUCCGCCAUGGACUUCGAGGACGAUUACACUCACUCUGCUUGCAGAAAUACUUAUCAGAGCUUUAAUGGAAUGGAUCGUGAUUAUGGCCCCGGAUCUUAUGGAGGGAUGGAUCGUGACUAUGGCCAUGGAUCCUGUGGGGGUCAAAGAUCCAUGGACUCCUACCUAAACCAGUCAUAUGGCAUGGACAGUCACAGUGGUGGUGGUGGGGGUAGCAGGUAA